AUGAUCGUCGAGUUUGUCAAGGGCAAGUUUCGUAUGCUGUUGUUCUCUGCCCACUUCCCGCAUGCGGCUCGUGCUGCAGAUCGCAGCGCAUUCAUUGACAAGCUCGAGAAAACCAUCAGGAACGCCGGGAGAUUCGACAUCAUCAUCGGCGGGUGUGAUGCCAAUGGCAGACCGCCACCAAAUCAUGGUGACGUGACUGGAACCCUGGAGUUUGGGGAGGACGAUGAGGCUGGCAGACAGUAUGCCGACUGCCUGCAGCGACUUGGCCUCUGGUUGCCGGGAACGUUUGAACAAAUGCACAGUGGAAGUAGUUCCACGUUUCGACAUGCGACUGGCAACCUUCACCGGAUAGAUUUCCUGACACUUGGUGGCACAUCCUCCUUGGCUGGUGCCAGCAGCUGGGUUGAUGAGACGAUCGAUCUAGCCGCGGUGCGAGAAGAUCACUGGCCGGUUGCCGUUGAGAUCUGGGGCCAACUACAUGGUGAUUGCCACCGGAAACGUCUCAAAAAAGUGAGAUAUGACCGCGGCAAGAUGAUGACCCCGGAGGGCAAGGCAGUGAUUCAGCGGGCAUGGAACGACUAUCGGCCCCCACCGUGGUGUAGCCAUAUCGACGACCAUUGCAAGCACAUGCAAGAGUAUGUCACAGCCUGCCUGGAAACCCACUUUGCCAUCGACAACAAAGGUCCGAAAGCCAUGUACAUCACCGAUGAGAUUUGGGGAUGGCGCUCCCAGAAGAUCCGAUUCAAGGACUUGGUUGGUCACCGCCGCGGCCUUUGGAGCCGCCUGCUCGGAGUUGCCUUUGCACAGUGGGCCGGACGGCAAACUGAGCAGGUCGAAGCGGCUGUUACAAAGGAAGGACUGCUGUACCAGCUGGCGUCUAGUGCUGUUGGAUUCAUCACAAGCCGAAUCAAAAAGGCGGUCCAUGUCAGCAAGGCGAACUACUUGCAGUCCUUCUUUGAUGGACGCCCUCAGUCGGUCACCCAGUUGCUGCAACAAGCCAAGCGACUUGGGGUCGGUGGCCGACAAAAACGAGGUGGCCGGCAGCCUUUACCAGCCCUCCGAGAUCACCAAGGCAGUCUGGCCAAAACGCCGGAGGAUCACGACGCCAUCUGGCUACGCCACUUCGGGCGACAGGAGUGUGGUGAGACCUUGAAGGUCGAGGAAUUCCUCAAGGAAAAGGACAUCGCGAGCACCCUCCGAAGCGACAUACAAUGGUCCCUUGCAGAUUUGCCUACUCUGACGGAGAUCGAGGCGAUGAUGCGGAUCGCCCCGCGGGGUAAGGCAAUGGGUUUGGAUAUGAUACCGGGGGAAGCCCUGGCAGCCGCACCGGCGGCCGCGGCAGCCAUGGUCCAACCCCUCAUGCUGAAGGCUGCAAUGGGGUUGCAGCAACCGCUGCAGUGGCGCGGUGGCAUCUUGUACUCCGCGUACAAAGGCAAUGGUGAUUCGAGCAAUCCGGCGAACCAUAGGGCAUUGUUUGUAUCAAGCGUCGUCGGCAAGGCUUUUCACCGCCUCAUCCGCAACAAAACGGGGGAACAACUACAGCGCGAGCUUCAUGAACUACACCUUGGUAGCAAAGCGCGAGCCCCCAUCACAUACGCCACGCUCUUCAUUAUCAGCCACCUCCGCAGAUGCAAGGCAAGUUCGAGGGCGGCAGGAAUCCUAUUUCUGGACACGGCCUCUGCUUAUUAUACAGUCCUCCGUGAAGCCGCCAUGGGCGAUAUACGGCUGGAUGAGACGGUGGCGAAGAUAAUGAAGCGUUUCAAUCUGGAUUCAGAGGAAAUGGCCAACCUCUGGGAACUCAUCCACAGUGGAGGCGUCAUGAAACAGGCGGGCACUACUGACGCCCUCCGCGCCAUGGUGCGUGAUUUCCAUCACAGGACGUGGUGUGUAACCAAGCACACGGGAGGAGGCUGUUUGGCCUCCACGUACGCUGGAAGCAGACCGGGCGAAUCAUUCGCAGACGCGAUUUUCGCGUUCAUUUAUGGAAGAGUCCUUGGCCGCAUCUUUGAAGUCGCAUACGGGGAGGAUCUCCUCAGCGAAGUUGGAUGCGACAUCGAAGCAGGCCCUUUCGGUGCGAGAUGUGCUGGAGGGGAAGUCGCUGUCAGAGACACGACUUGGGCCGAUGAUACGGCAAUACCUUUCGAUGACGAGGAUCCAGCACGGAUGCUUAGGAAGGCACAACGACUUUCUGCGAUUACUAUUUCGACCUGCGCAGCUUUCGGCCUUCAACCGAACCUCAAGAGAGGGAAGUCGACCCUUCUCUUGGCCAUGCCUAAAAAGGGAGCAGCACGAGCCAAAAAGCAGUUCUUCGAGCAUGGCCGGCCAACCCUGCGAUUACCGGAUCUAGACUUGGAGAUACCGGUAGCCCCCCAGUACACACACCUGGGUGGGCUCUUGGACAUUGGCUGCACCCUCCAACCGGAGAUGAGGAAGAGGUUAGCUUUGGCUGGUGGUGCCUUCGACGCUGGCAAGCGGCUCCUCUUCGGGAACAAACAGUUGCCGCUGGCAACGCGGGCACAGCUGUUCCACUCCACGAUACUGGCGGUCUUCUAUAACUUGGCUAUUUGGAUCCCGGAGGGCGAAGCAUGGCGCAAGCUCUCUAGCGGAUAUACGAGAGUUCUACGGCGACUACUCGACUUGGAGUCGAUCGCCGAGGUCUACCCGGACAUGCCACGACCGAGGGCGGCGGAAUGGGCCAAUUGGGUAGUGCAGUGUGUCAAUGGCACCAGAUGCAAGGCUUGUGGCAAAGACCUGAGGACGACGGCUCGCUUGGCCAUUCACUUACGUGACAAUGUGAAGUGCGUCCGAGCCCUUCGAGCAGGAGGGCAAACUGUGAAUGAGGUUCUCCCUGGACAGGGGAGCAGGCAAGCCCGAGCGAAGUUUGUUGAGGAGUUCAACCUCGCACCUACGGCAUGUGGUGAAGGUGAAGUGCCCCGUUUCGAUGGUGUGUUGUGGACGGAACCUCAGCGGCAAGCUUACCGGAGUGUCUGCGAUGCCCUACUAGAAGAACAGAUGUGGAAUGACAUGCAGCAGGUCAGGGAGACUACGCUGGCGACCCUCGCCACCUACCCGCUCUACUUUGAGGAGGAAAGGAUGAUCGUAGAGUAUGUUGCCGGGGAGGUCGAGGAACUAUGGCGUAGCGAUGUCACUGACCCGUGGCCAGAGCAUGUGUUUGAGGUCAUUCGAGCUGGGCUUCGAGAACCGGCUGAAUGGCUCGCACCGUUCGCGGCGAGCGAGAAUACGGAGAUAGAGACAGAGGCCUCGUUAGCCAACUUUGUCAAGGGCGAGAGGCAUGCCUGGGAUGAUCUUCUGCAGGCUUGCCGACGCGAGUGCGUGACCCCAUCGUUGCAGCCGUUCCAACUGGAUUGGUCAAGGGAAGCAAGGAAUGACCGACCUAGUGGCGUAGACGUAGACCUUGCCGCGCUCGACGAGCCCUUAAGUUUCCUGCCCAGAAAGGUGUUUCGGCUAUGGCAGCUGGUGCCCGCCUGGUGCAGGACGAACUUCAACACGCGCUCCAUCGACAGGGGAGAUAUGGUGAUGAGCCCAAGUGGCGGUGCUGCGCAGGCGACUGGACCUCGACAUUUGCAAGACCAGAGGCCGAAUGGAGUAGCUCCACGAGUCGGUCAGCCUAUUGCGACAGAACCGGACUACGCUAGAGCCCUCGGGGUUGCUAGCGACGGCGCGACCAACACCGGACUCGGCGCGCGUACGACGGAUGUUUUGGCUGGCGCUGCUGGAAGACCUACUGGAAGUGGUGAUACUGACGGUGGUGCGGGCAGUGCUGGACAGCAGGAUAUUCAGCAACUUGGGAGAAGGAUGUCGCGAACAGGGACAGAGACGUUCAGGUCUCCAGUCACUGGUGAAGGGCAUGGGAGAAUGGAAAGGCCUUUGUUUCCCCAUGCGGAACAGAGGUCGUCAACACCGCGGCCGGGCUCGGAAGCCGGUGGCUUUAUGUGGCCCUCUCCAUUACCCUCACCGACUACCAGAUCGAUCAACGGAGACGAGGGCGUUCCCCAAGUAGCCGGGAAUGUGAUUGCUCAGCAAGGAGCAGCGGCGAUGAAGUGGCUCACGCGAUUGGGUGAGUUUGUUCAGAGGCGUGUGUCUCAACAAAGUCGUCCUGGUGAACAGACGAUGGUGGUGCAGGAGACAGUGUGGACUCCUACCAGGCGGCAGGGACAUGAACGUGGAGAAACAGAGCCGUUGUUCGACCAGGAGCAGUCCCGGAGGUUCCAAGAGAUGGCGUUGGCGGCUCCCCAGCUUUAUGGAGCAACUCAGCGGACGGUCGGUGGAGGAUCAGAUUCUUCUCGUUCGUUCACCAAAGAGCAAUUGGAGCUGGAGGUGAAGAAGCAAGUCGACCAGGCCAUGGAGCAACAGAAGGAGAUCAAUGAAGAAAACCAGAGGUUGAGAAUGGAGGUGGAGCGGCUACGCAGUGAAGCGGCGAGGACCGCGGAUGUGCGAGAAGAGUACGUAAUCUUGCAGGACUUCCCGGAGUACUUCGUGAACAUGAUAGCGAGCGAAGUGGUGAUCGGGCUUUGGGCUUGCAUGGAGUUUUACGGGGCAAUACUUCUGGACUACCUGACCCAGGCGGCAAUCCUGAAGGACCACCGAGGCAUGAUGGUUGUGGGAGCGGCGAAGCUUCAGGCAAUCGUGGAGGGCUCGGAGGUAAUCUUUCAGGACUUCCAGGACGUUACGGCGGCUCUGAGGGUGAUCCUUCUGCUGGGCGACGCGGGCUUCCUUCUGGAGGUGGUGGUGCGAGCUUGGUGGGAGAGCAAGGGCAACAGCAGCCUAAUAGAGAUGGCGUUUUCGGAGGUAAUCUUCCAGGACUUCCGGGACAUGUUCGUGAGCAAGGGGGUUUGGGUGGAGAUCAACAAGGUGAUCCUGGAGCGAGUGCCGGAGAACGACGGUCUGGACCUGGGCAAGCUACAGGAGCCAAUGGCGGGGAUGACUCAGCUGCAGGCGGCAAUGGCUAUGCAACUGGGAAUGAACUCGGCAAGACCCGAGCAAAUCAGACCAGGCACCACAGCCUCGGAACUUCCGAAGCUGAGUGAGGCGGACGAGAUGGCGGCGAUCAACGUUGGGGAUUGGCUUCACGGACUCAGCGGGCCCAUGGGUGAUCUCACUGAUGGCAGCGCGCAAUGGUGGUCGCAAGUCCUGGCCUCCUUAGAAGCCUUCUACAAGGAUUACAUCCAUGCGUCGGCGGUGAAGAAGCUACAGCUUAAGGCCGAUGACUACGCCCAGGACAUGCUCAAGGAGGCAAAGUGGUUAAGAGUGGACAAGCGGGCGGCUACGAUGUUGCUGCAGGCGAUUCCCGACAGCAUCAAGACGGAGGUUUUGGCCAAUAGGCUACAAACGACCCUGAGUAUCUUGGCGCGGAUCCUUACCAUUUACCGCCCAGGGUCAGCUGUGGAACGCCAGCAAGUGUUGAAGGCCUUGGAGUCUCCUACUACGGCAAGCUCACCUAUGGAACUGGUAGAAGUCUUGAGGCGAUGGGCGAGGUGGUUGAAAAGAGCUCAGGACUUGGCACUACAAGUGCCAGAUCCCUCUAUCCUCUUGAGGGGUUUGGAUGCGGCGUCGAGGACUCAGUUGGAGAAGCACGGCGAGGUUGCGUUCCGGGCAAACAUGUUAAGGUACAGCUUGGAACUGGACUCAGCGCCCUCUUUGAUAUCAGUGGUCAAGCUUCAAUCACACCUUUUGGCCGAGUUUGAGCAGAUAGCCUACCGAGGGAGGACAAGAACGACAUCUACCACCACACCGUCUAUGAAGGCUAUGGGGGCAGCCGCACAAGAAGGGCAAGGUGGGGCUUCGCCGAAGGGGCCUGGCUCUCCCUCCACUACAGCGACGUCAAGACCUUGUAAGUUUUUCUUGAUGGACAAUGGGUGCCAGCGUGCAAACUGUAAGUUCAGCCACGACUGGGCCAAUGUACCCAAGGAGGAGAGAGCGGAGCGGUGCAAAGCUUGCGGAGGCAAAGGCCACAUGCGAAAGAACUGCCCGAUGAAGGUUGGUGGUGGAGAAGGCCAGCGACGCGAUGAUCCUAACCGUGGUGCUCCGCAGCCCAAGGUUAAGAAUGUGAAGGGUGGCGACAACAAGCGGGAUGACGGGACAGCUCCGCUGGCUACCUCUACGGCAACCUCCUCAUCGGCUCCAACGGGGACUGCGGGUUCGACAAGUUCGGCGAGUGCUUCUAUGGACUCUACGGCUUCGGCACCCAGUGGGUCAGAGUCUGCGUCUUCGGUGAGAGAGGUUGAUGAUUUCUUAAAGAAUGCCACGCAGAUGUUGAAGAUGAUGGCCGAACAGCAUAACCCAGGACGGGGCGGACCUUCCAUGAAGAUGCUGAAGAAAGCGAUUCGGCAUUACGAGUCGAAGAUGGCCUUGGUGGAUUCGGGUGCUACACACCCUUUGCGGUUGGGGUCCUCCUCGGAAUGGGCUGGAGCUGAUGAAGUGGAUGUUGUAGUAGCUGGAGAUGGUGUUCAGCGAAUGCGACAGACCACGGCGGGAACUCUGCUACUGGAGCCGAACACCUCAAAGGCUCAAACCAUCCUGCCGGUUGGAAGCUUGGUCAGCGUGCUGGGCUAUGAGUUGGCUUGGACAAGGAAGAGGUGCGUACUCAAGGCGCCGGACGGCAGGGAGUUUGGUUUGCGUGUGAACUCAGGAUGUCCAGAGAUGAGCGAGGCCACCGCCUUGGAGUUGAUUGCCGAGAUCGAGCAAGAGAAGAUCGCGCACCUCAGCAAUAGGACUGAGGAGACCAAGAAGGCGGUGGCGAGGGCUCGUGCGGUUCAGUUAGAUCCUUGCUGGGAAAGAAGUAUGAAGGAGUACGUCAAGAAUGGGAAGUUUGAGGAUGGUUUCAGUGCGCUGGCAGCAGCACCUUGGGCCACGGGAGAACUUCAUGAAGAUUUGGCAAAGAUUGUGACGGAUCUCCCCAAGGAUGAGACCGAGGCCUGGGCGCUUAUGCAACAGCUCGGGUUCAAUCGGAGGAUGCGGAAGCGCCUCAUGAGCAAGGACUGGAUCGUGAAGUUGUGCAGUGGCAAGCGGUCGGCGGUUGAUAAAGUGUUCAAGGGGGUGGAGAGCAAUGGCACCGUGGUGUUGGACAUCGAUGUGCAAAGGUUGUCUCCACUGGAUUUGUUCAAGGCCGGCCAGGGCGUGAUGCGGAUGUUGUUGUGGGGAGCGGCUACGGGAAGGGUGGCAGGAAUCCUAUGCGGGCUUCCUAAACACAACGCGCUGGAGCACUCCCUGAGGGCGGUGGUGUUGAAUGAAGUGGCCAUGGCCGGAAGAACGGCUAUGUGUGGCGAGAUGGACAUUCCCUUUGAUGGUGUGGCGUUCUCUUUGUGGGCUUCCGCAGAGGCUGAGCAAGAUGAGUCCUCGCUGGUGUGGGUGUUCAAGUGGUUUCGGAGGUGGAUUGCUGAAAAUGGCUUGGACCUAUGCCAUUUCGAACAAGGAGGUUUGGGUCACUCUAUGAGGCGGCCUACGACUAUGACUACCAACCUGGAUGUCGCGGAGUUAAAGGGGAUUCAAGAUUCUCGGCCGGAACCUGAGAGCGAGAAGGGGUCAUGGUCUAUGUGGGCACCAAUGAUGGCGAGAGUGCUGGUCAGAGGUUUGAAGAGAUGGAAGCAGCGCCCUGGAUGGUAUUCUCGUUUGGUGAAGGCGCUGAAGGCGGUGGACAGACGAGCGUGGGAAAGGCAUUUGGCCAAUGACCACGUACCUUAUCGUGCAGAUUGCCUACAAUGCAUCCACACCGCUACCGGGCGUCCUCACAGGAAGUGCUUGCAUCGGGACUGCUAUGUUUUGAGCGCUGAUACUUUGGGGCCAGUGCGCAUUGCGGGCACGAAGGGUGAGAGGUACGCGGUUGUCUUCACCUACCAGUUCCCGAAGCAGAAGCUGAUCCCAGAGGACCAACCUGUUCGAGAAGAAGAACUUGAUGGGUGGAGUUUGGAUGCGGAGACGGACAAGACGGAAGCCGGAGCGGCUGACUACGGCGAGCUGGAAGAGUAUUCGCCGGACGACGGACCGGAUGUGGAGUUAUCGCCAGCGGAACUUGAAGAACUACAGCGAGUCCAACGAGAGCAACCCGGUGAUCUACCAGCAGCCGAACUAGAUGCGGCGGUUAAGGUGCUUGGAGCGAAAACCCUGGACAAGAAGGAUGUUUCUGACGAUUGGUGGGAGUUCAGGGAGUCUACUGGGGUGCUGAUCAGGCAUCAUAGAACACCGCGUACAAGGUUGUUUCGGCCUACGUCGUGGAAUGGGUGCCCGGUGUCGCCUUCCAAGCUUGAUUACACGAGAGUCACCGAGGUGAAGUAUGUUGGUGGUGGUGUGGAAACGGAGACGUCGGAUUGGCAUGGUCCCCAAUCGGGUUCGAGAUCUUUGGAGCGCCCUUGGACCGGAAGAACUACUUUUCACAUUUCCACGGCCGAGAUCCCCGAGGAGGAGUCAGAGCUACAGAAGGACGAGGAGACGUGGGAACAACUCAUAGGCGACUUGACAAAGCCGGUUGAGAUGGACACGAUCUACUUGGUUUACCCUGUCAGAGCUCGGCGAGGCGGUGACAUAAUGCUGGCGGUACAGGAGGCAGUCUUGAGGUUGAAGUUACUUGGCCUCCCCGUUGCGCGACUUCAUUCAGAUCGGGGCUCUGAGUUUGCGUCGAAGGGGCUACGUAAGUGGCUGUUGGACCACGAUAUCUACCACACCCGUUCGGAGGCUUUGGUUCCACAAACAAAUGGUGCAGCUGAGCGUGGAGUUCGAUGGUUCAAGACGAUGGCCAAGGUGUUGUUAGCGGAGGCAAAAGUGGGCCUUAAGUACUGGACUUUGGCAAUGCAGCAUGCGGCCAACCGACGUCUACACGAGCGGCUAGGUCUCAACAAGCCGAGGUUGUUGGCUUUUGGUUCCAAAGUGAUGAUACGAAGAAAGGUGUUUGGGAAUAACAAAAAGUAUGACCUCACCGACCGCUGGGAGCAGGGCAUCUACCUGGGAUUGUCGGACACCAUCAAGGGGGGUGCUGUGGUUUUACGGCCCACUGGAGUGUUGACGGAGACGUUGAACCUUAAGGAUGGUGUUGUGGAUCCUCAUGUACUACUAGCGGAAGCUACGGGUGAUGAUGAUGGAGGCGGUGUUGGAGAUAUCCCUACAGGAGAGGUCCCAGUGGUUGAGCUACCUGAACCAGAUCAUCGCUUGAGUGGAAAACAACCUCCUCCUGCUCUUCGUGCGUUGAAAACAACUAUGGAAGGCGGUGGUGGUGACCAGCGUGUACCCUCAGGAUGGACGAUGAGAUCGUUGGUGAAUCAACAAGAAGACAGGGCCCGCUACUACUAUAACAUGGGCAAGUUUGAUGAUGAAACUUGUGCUGAAGUUCUAAGAGAUGUUCAUGUUGGUAGCAAAGCAAAGAGAUCUACGCGGGGAACCCAUUCUUCAGCACUGAUUCUUGGAGGAUAUGUUCAUGGGGGAAUGCGCGGGGCUACUACGGCAACUCGGAGAAGGCCUUGGCUUACGAAGUACUUGAACAUGGUGCUGAGACAACGCACGAUGGAGAGCACGAAUCGGGAACCAUGUUGGGCAACGCUUGGAGUGUUUAAGGCUACAGAGAUACCCCCACAUCGUGAUCUUCGCAACAAGCCGGGCAUGCCAAACUUUGUUACGGAAGUUGGUGGUGAAGAGUUUAGGGGGCUUUGGCUGUCGGAUGCGCAUGAGUUGUCCAAGGAGGAUGGCACAGAAGGAAAGGACCUACAGCGUGAACUACCUGAUGGCGCGGUGGCUGAGGGCAGGGUUGUGGACAUCAAGGGCAAGGUUGCUGUGUUUGACCCUAAGAAGUUGCACUCGUAUGUCGAGGGAGAGGACGGCAACAGAUGGAUCCUAGCAGGCUUCACCCCCCUCAAUGUUGAGAGUAUACCUCCAGAGCCUGUGGCGUUCAUGAACAAGUGUGGUUUUCCUUUGGAAGGUACUGGUGCAGAAGUACAUGAUGUGGAUGAUGUAGAAUGGGGAAGCAGUGACAGUGAGCUUUCUGAUGAUGCCUCUACAGGAGAGGAGGAGGACUUGGAGAAUAAAACAAGAGUUCUUCGGUGUGAACUUCAGGAGGAGGAAUUUCAGGAGGCCAACAUCAAUGACGCGACCCCGUAUCUGCUGAUGCUCCACAAUGCCUUCGAGGACUGUGCCAGGGAGUUGGAACGUUUACAGCUUAAGGCGAUCAAGAGGGUGUUGAAGGUAUCUCCCGGGACGUCUAAAGAAGAGGAAGUCGAGGAACUUUUGAAGACGCUCGAGGGUCCCUUGGAGGUCGUUCACACUGUGAGUUUGCCGGAGGUCAAGAAGUAUGUUCAGUUGUGGAAGGAGGCAAUUGUAAAAGAAGUGAAUGCGCUCAUGAGCUCUGGAACAGUGAAGCGGCUGUCCCCAGAACAAACCAGGGAGCUGAAGAAGGCGGGCCUCACGGUGCUACCUGGGAAGGCAGUAUUCACUGCCAAACCUCCGAGUGAGGCUUCGAGCAAAGAGAGAUUCCGCAGAAAAUGCCGGAUUGUGGUUUGCGGAAACUUUCUACCAGCCCAGGGUCAGAAUGUGUAUGCGGCCGGCACGUCGGCCGACACGUUGAGGAUUGCUGUGGCUCUGGCAGUGCAAAGAGGAUGGAGCAUCGGAAGUACCGAUGUUGCCAAUGCUUUUACGCUGGCACCUAUGCCGUCGGAGCUCACCUACGCGCUAACUCCACCAACCAUCGUGAUCAUGGCUGGUGCAGCAGAGCCAGGGGAAACGUGGCAGAUCACGCGGGUGCUCUACGGUUUGAGAGAGGCACCUAGGCUUUGGGGUGACUUCAGGAACCUACGAUUCCAGGAAGCGAAGAUUGUGUACGGCGACAAGGUGCUUGUGCUGACCGCUACGACCACGGAUGAGAACCUCUGGCGAGUGACUUACCAAGGAGAGGACACCAUCCUAGGACUGGUCUUGGUCUAUGUGGAUGAUAUCUUGAUGCUGUCUGAGAAGGAGAUUGUCAAGACCAUUUACCAGUGGUUGGUGUCAGACUGGAAAUGCUCCAACCUUGAGUGGGCAGAGGAGGACUCGUUGAGGUUUUUGGGGAUAGAACUACGAGUUUUUGGUGGAGGCGUUCAUCUAUCUCAAACGGGUUAUGUUCGUGAUCUACUACGACAACAUGGAAUGCCGGAGGAGGUGGGCGCGACACUUACAGUCCCGUGUGCUCGGGAGUGGCUUCAAGAUGUUGACUCCGAUGAGGAACCGGAAACCGCCGAGGAGGCCACUGUGAGAAUGGCCCAAAAGGCUACGGGUGAGGCUUUGUGGCUUUCGACGAGGAGCAGACCGGAGCUUGCGCAUGCUGUUGGGUGUAUGGCUUCGCUAGCACUACGACGACCGUUGAGAGCUUUGGAGAUAAGCAAGCGAGUCAUGAAGUACCUCUCCAAGACGGUUGAGUACGGGAUCUGGUACAAGGUGGUGCCAGAUGAUCCAGCUUUGGUUGUGUAUUCGGAUGCCAGCUACGCACCAGGAGGAGGAAGAUCCUACGGGUCAACGAUGGCGCAAAUCUACGGCAUGCCAGUUGCCUGGAGGGCAUCAAAGCAGCCAAUCAUUACUUUGUCGGUUGCUGAAGCUGAGUUGUAUGAAGGAUGCUCGGCUGUGCAACUGGGACUAGGAGUGGCUGCGUUGUUGUCUGAGCUCAAGCUGGAUCCAGUGAUGCAUUUGCGGAUUGACAAUGCUGCUGCUCAGGGCUUGGCCAGUGAAAGCCCGGGAACAUGGAAAACGAGGCACUUAAGGAUCCGAGCAAGAUUCUUGAGACAGGAAGUGGCGGCUCAACGACUGGUUAUUUCUCAUGUCAGCGGGAACCUUCAGAAAGCUGAUUUGGGGACCAAAGGGUUUGAUCUGCCGAAGUUCAAGGCCUUGAUGGACCUGUGGCAGUUGGUGCCAUGCUGCGCUCGGGAGGCAGCUGGAGCGGCAUUGAGGGCUUUGAGGGUGACUAACCAACGUGGGUUGCUGAUGUUCAUCAUCGUUUGCUGUUGCUUGAUCAAAGGUGUUGAAGGGCGAAAAGAAGACCUAGCCUUGGAUGGUUCAAUGGAGUUCUACUUUGUCUUGGUUGUUUCCUUGAUUGCGGCGGUCGGGCUUUGGGAGUUCAUGAAGUAUGUGAAGAAUAAGACGUGCGUGUGGUGGAACUCAAGGCAACGUCGCAAUCAGAGGGCAGAAAGGCUCAGGAACCGCACAAGGGAUGCAGUUCAGGAGGAGCUAAGACGCCGAGAAGUUGAGUUGACCCCAAGGACACCUAUAACAAGGGCAUCUUCAUCAUCUACUACCCCAGCUAGGCGUCAGGGCUCUACCGUACCAAGGUCAGAUGUUUGGCAAACGAGCUACAGUGUUGGGGUGCAGACCGACCCCAUGCCACCGAUGAUACCAGCGCACCGGCUUGAAGCCUACACAGGGCCGUUCUACAUUACGACCCACGGAGAUAGGGUGCACAUGACAUCUUACUGUCAUGGCCAGCGGAAUGCCACGAGAGCAUCGAAGAGAUACGACUUGUGUGACUAUUGUGAUCGGGCACGUGGUCUCUAUGUGCUUACGCCUCCAGAUGGAUGA